ACUCAUAUAAAAGUAGUCAUAGAAAUAUAGAACUAGAACUUUUAAGAAUUGUUUUUAUAAACAAUUAUUUAGAUAAGGUUGUAUCAGAUAUACUUGAUAAUGAACUAUCUGAUUCUCUAAAAAUAUUAAAAGGAAGAAUAUCAGAUGGUAGUUUAGCUAUUUUGGAUAAAUUUGAGUUAGGAUCAGAAAUUUUUAGUUCUAUAUUUUCAGCUCACUAUAUCAAAUCUUCUAGAAUUAUAACAAGAUUUGCAGCUGAAAACCAAACAAUAGAUUCAUAUUUUGGCCAAGUUCAAUUUUAUUUUGACUACACCAUCAAUCUUCUUUCUGAUGUUGGUCAAGAUGAUGGGUGGGGUAAAAGGGGCAACACGGAUAUACAUAGCGGUUGGGAUUAA